AUGCAGAAGCAUGGGGGAGGAGAAGGUCGGUUGUUGGAAAUUGAUGUUUUGAGAGGAGAAGGGCACGACUUGUUGUGCGAUCAAGGAAUCUACAGCGGACUUUUGAGGUGCGCUGUGGAGGGCAAGUUGGAUGCUUUGAUAGGAGGACCACCAUGCAGAACGAGGAGUGUCCUGCGCCACUACGACAUCCCAGGACAGCCAGAUUGUCCAAGGCCAAUCAGGGCUUGGGGUGGAGAGGAGUUUGGAAUCAAAGAUGCAACCGAAGAAGAAAAGAAAAAGCUUCAAGAAGAUGAUCUGGUCGCUUGGAGGAUGAUGUUCCUUUUCAUGGUGGCGUCAUAUGUGAGGAAGGCAAGAGGCAUCCCAGAGAAGGUUCAGUUCACUUUGGAGCAGCCUUCAUCACCGAAGGCAUACAAGCCUGAAGUGGUGUCCUGGUGGGACACUUGGCACUGGCAGGAGCUGAAGAAGGAGUUUGACUUCAAAGAGACGCAGGUGAAGCAUAGAGGACUAGGAGGCACAGCAGAAAAGCCAACUACGUUUGGAGGGAAUCUUGCCCUUCGACCAGAGGAGCACUAUGUCAGUCGAGGGGGAGCAGAAGAGAAAAGUGAGGAGAAGAAGAUUCGGAGUUCCAAAGAUCUCUCUCGAUGGCCACCAGGCAUCAUGGCCAUGGUCGCCUGCGCUCUUCAGAGAAGUGUCAUGCAAAAGACUCCAGCUCUCAAGGCCAUCAGCUGGGAACAACAUCUUGCCAUGAAUCACACACCAUAUCGCCGUGAUUGCUUGGUGUGUCAACAAACUCUUCAACAAGCACAUCCACAUCGAAGAGUCAAACAUCCUACCGGAGGAGUCCUGUCCUUGGACACAGCUGGCCCACUGGUGAAAGCUCAAGAUGUCACUGGCGGCAGUGCUCGCUACUUUCUUGUGGGAGCCGUCACAUGGGCCGUCCCCCUGGGAAUCGUUGACUUGAAGGAUGCAGCAAUGGAAGAAGAAGUCCCUGAGGAGGAGAUUGAAGAAGCCAGAUUGAAGAGGAGGAAGAAGAUCAAAUUGAUCAAAGAGAAGCAAAGAAGAACAAAAAGGAGGCUCAAAGUUGCAAGGAGCCAGUUGAAGAACGACAAGAACCUGAACCAGUUCCAGACCCAGCUCAAGAAGAAAAGGGUGUGGCUGAGGGCUGAUGGGUAUCACAUCAAUAGAGUUCACACUGAUCAAGGGCACGAAUUUGCUGGCCAAUUUUUGAAGUGGGCACAUCAACGAGGUCUACAUGUCACUCGGACACCGGGCGACGAUCCACCCGGUAAUGGCCGGGCUGAACUGGCAGUGAAGUUCUUCAAGACCCAAAUUCGAAAGUGCCUGCUUGAGGCUCAACUUGGAGCUGACCAUUGGCCCCUGGCACUGAGGCACAUCAACGAAGUUUCCAGGUGCAGCCGACUUGGCAAAACACCAACAUGGCCUCAGUUCUGGAAGGAGGUGGUCAUCAGAAAGAGAAGAUGGAAGAGAGGAGGGUUUGAGCCCACCAUGGAAGUCGUGCGCUAUGUGAGCCCAGCACCUGAAGAGCAUAGACAUUGGGUUCAGCCAGAAGGUGAAGUCCCAAGACUUACAAGAUGCUAUGUCCAGAAGGCUGAAAGGGUCCCCAACGAAGGGACAUGGAUUGCGUUGGAGAAGGAGACUGUGGAUGAGCUCUCAAAAAGACGUCGAAUUCGAGAGAAGAGUUCGAUCAGGCUGCUGAAGUCAGAAGAGAUGAGCUCAAGUCAAGACCCAGAGGAGCUGAAGGCCGAAGCAUCGAGGAGAGAAGUCAAAGAAAUGAUGGAAGAGAGCGUAGGCCACAUGUUUGAGGCUGAGGCUGAAGUAGCGGCACAUGAGGUUGAGGUUCUCAGAAGUUUGAAGAAGAUGACUGAGGAGGCCGAAGAACCAGAAGAUGAGGUGCUGCAGACAAAAGUAGUAUCUCCAAAGGAAGUCAGCAAGGCAUGGAACCACUGGCUCCCUGCGAUUGAGGAGGAAGUCAACUCUCUGAUUGUCGAGAAGGAAGCGUUGCAGCAGAUUGGAAAGAAAGAAGUGGAGGAGAUAGUGAGGAAAGCAGAGAGGGCAGGAAAGAAAGUGGAGUUUCUGCCAUCGAAAAUGGUGUACACACGAAAGCCUGGUCCACUGGGAGGCCGCAUGAAAGCAAGAUGGGUGGUCUGUGGAAACUUUGAGGAGAAGAGAUCAAAUGAAGACACCUACUCCAGCGGAGCGGGCGCAUCAGCUUUCCGUCUCCUUGCAGCCACCGCUGCACACUUCCAAUGGCAAGGAGGAACAGUUGACAUCAAAACGGCGUUCUUGAACGCUGAGAUGGAGGCGGCAGAAGGAGGAGAAAAAGGGGCUCUGAGACUUCACCAACUUGAAUCAGAACCCAACUUGUGGAAGAUCUUACAAGAAGGAGGUGAAGAGGAGGAAGAGCGAAGGUUGAAGGGUCUUUUGAUGACCUACGUCGAUGACAUUUGUGUCGUCGGAGAUCAAGAGACUGUCAACAACACCAUGGAGAAGAUCCGCGAGAAGUGGAAAACUUCCGUGCCAGAUUCCAUUGGCGAAGUUCCCAUCCGAGAAGAAGUCAAAAAGAAGAAGGUUCCAAUCACAAGAGAUCAAAGUGCUCAGCUGGGAGAAAAGGACGAAAAGGUGGAGGUCGAGGAUGUAAGGCAAUCUCAGAAACAGGUUGGUGAACUGCUAUGGAUCGUGACGAGAACUCGUCCCGACCUGAUGUACGCAGUUUCUAGAAUGGGGAGUUUAGUGACCAAGUCUCCCACCAAAGUCAACGAGAUCUACCAGCAGGUGAUUGGUUACCUCCUUCGAACAUCAAACGAAGGCCUGUCUUUCAAAAGCAGCCCUGGUGAUGCCCCUGUCCUGGAGGUGUUCACGGAUGCGAGUUUCGCACCAGAUGGUCGCGAAAGUCAUGGCUCUUUUGUCGUGGAGUUCCUGGGGUGUCCCAUUUUCUGGCGAUCAGGGAAACAAUCCUUUGUGACCCUGUCAACUGCAGAGGCUGAGAUGAUGGAGGUGAUUGAGGGUAUGGUCGCCGGUGAGUCUGUGCUGGUGAUGGCAAGCGAGAUCUUCAAAGGAGUGGCUCGCAAGGUUUGGACAGACUCCCAGUCGGCCCAAGCCACCCUUUGCUUGGAGAGUGGAUCAUGGAGAACACGUCACUUGCGCAUCAGAGCUACGGCAGCACGACAAGCUUUCCAACGUGCUGAAUGGCUGUUACAGCAAAAGAUGAUCGCGGACAUUGGCACCAAGCCGUUAGCUGCUGCGAGAUUCAACAUGCUGAAGGAGGAGUUGGGAAUGAAAGAAUGGAAAGAAAAGAUAGAGGAGGAUGCAGAACAAAAGAAAGAAGAAAAGAAAGAAGGCGGAGACGAGAAGAGCUCCGUUGGGUUUGUGAAACAGGUCGCCAAGAUCAUUAUGAUUGCGGCGUUGUUGGACGGAGUGAAAGCACAAGAAGAUGAGGAGGAAGAGCCUGGAACGACAGAAUUUCAGGUGAUGAUGGUGGCGUUUGCACUGCUGAUCGUUUUCGCCACUUUGGCGAUCCAAUGGCUUCUUGGGUUUUUUCAACAAAGCUCCGCUACCAAGGAGAUCUCCGCUACCAAGAAACAAGGAGAACCCGCGGCUACGCUCCCACCCGAGGCAGCCAGCGGUGAUGCGCUGUGGGUUGUGGAGGAGAACCCGCAGCUACGCUCCCGACCGUGGCCUCAGAGGUAUCCGGCGGUGAUGCGCCGUGGGUUGGAGGAGAACCCGUUGCAGCCCAAGAACAACAAGGAGGAAAUGUGGCCACUCUGGCUUUUCAGAUCUACACCACAAGAUAUGGCCCGGUGUAUCACUGCAGACAGCAGUGUGGAUAUCUACGAGCUGCGCAGACUGGACUUCGCCGUGAGUCCACUUGGUGCCAUUUGUGUCGCCAUGUUGCGCAGCGUGGAUGUGGAAGCCCACCACCGGGCAUACCAAUCUGGAUUGCUGGAUGGGGAGGUGGCUGGCAAGAAGAUUACAGAGUGGCUUGGAAGAUAUGAAGGAAGAAGAACUGAGCUCUACGUGAGGAUAAAGGGGGAGUUGGUGGAGAUUGCCUUUGCUCCACCCAGGAUCUACAACGCAGCCGUGAAGCGUGGGGGGAUGUUGCUGUCAGUCGGAUCAAUGACAGUCAUGGUCAACAUGAACGAUGACUUGCAGGCAACUGAUCGUGAGUAUAUGAAGUGGAAACGAGGCCUGAUGUCGGGCAUCGGUGGAACCAUUGCGGAAAGACCAUUGGUGCGCAAAGAGAAGGAUGUGCUGGCAGAAAAGUUCAGGUUUGGCAAGACAAUCUUGAUCACGGACCUCGUUUACAAGUGCAGCUCGAACGCGAGGGGGAUGACCAACAUUCAAUAUGGGCUUGACGAGAUGGGUUACGCCAUUACGGUCAUCGACAUCAACAGCUUCAAGAGCGUGACAAGAGCCCAGAAGUUCCUCGACGCAGUCGAACACUUGAAAAGGAACGUGAUGCCAGACAUCGCGGCGGAGGAGAACGUGACAAUCCAUUUUUGGAUAUCAUGUGCAUUUCUCAUCACUGACCACCACCCGUAUCAUGUGUGGGUAGAGGGAAACUUCGCUGAGCGGUUGGCCGAAGCAAUUCGAAGUGUCGACAAGAUGGACGUCGCCAUGGACUCGGCAGACAUUUUGAGAAGCUUCGGAAUCAUGGUCACCACUGAUGAUGGAAUGUGGAGAUUGAUGUACGGUCAUGCCGGCAACCACUACAUGAACAACCACAAUAUGCCAGAUCGAUUGGGAGUCUUCGGCACCAUGGAGAAGUUUUUGUUCAGACAAAGGGUACUGUUGAUGUGCUCACUGAACGUCGAGGCCGCGAAGGGGCUGAACGACACGGUAAAGGAAUCUUCCAUGAAAGUUGGCAUCAACCUGGAGCUGAUGGAGAAAGUUCUCAAGGAACCAGCAACGAUCGAGAUCGGAACCGGAGGUGGAGUUCCUGACACUGCAAGCACUGGAACCGACUGCCCAGGUACGGUUGGUGGUGGAAGAAGAAUCAAUGUGGGAUAUGAGAAAGCGCCAUGGAUUGAGGAUACGGUGAGAUCAGUUUUGCCGGAAUCUUCAGCCAACAUAUAUGACAUGUGGUUCUACGUCAACCAUGGACGCGAUGAGAUGAUUCUAUGCCAACAACAUUUCAAGGGGCAUGCUGAUGAAGUGAUGCCACAUGAUUUCAUGAAUCAAAACCUUGGAUGCGGGAAAGAGUGCGUUGCGUGCCGUGCCAGUGAGAUGUCAAGGGACUACGAUCUUUGGCCUCCAGAAUACCAACGAAAGACAAUCAUCAAGACGGCAGCAAGGAUUCGCGCAUUCUUCAACAUCAUGGUUGAUGUGGGCACCAUAAUCAUGGACCCACAGAGAGACUUUGUUCAGUUCCUCAAGGAUAUCACCCGUACAAUGGUGGGCAACAAGGGAUGUGAACAUGGUGAGAUCCUGAUGAAGGCGCUGUCGCACUUCGGGACCGUUAGAGUUCCCAGGGACGGCGUGAAACAGAUCUUCACUGGAAAACGUGGGAGGCAAUAUAUCGUUAUCCGAGAGGAGUUCUCAUUGGAGACUGGCAAGGGCACCUACGACCGAUUUGCAUAUCGUGUCUCCAAAGAUUAUGGGAACGUCUUCUACAAAGAUUACCUCAAAAUGGUGCUUGGGAAUGACUUCUCUGACGUCAUGGGUUAUCCCGACGUCGCGGCCGAGAAAUGCGGCGACGUUGUAGAGAUGUGGCUUGGCAUGCUUGACCUCGCCAACAUGACGAAGUCGCAGAUCACGUUCAUGGAGACAAAGGCGGACCCGGGCGAGAUAACUGAACCCAUGAACCAUGAAGAGGCUGUCGUGAACCAGAUCUUGCGCGACGUCCCAAUGUGGCAUAGUUUGCGAAAUGCCUGUUUGAUUGGGGAGAAAGAGAUCAGCGUCAUAAAAGAGAACUAUAAGAGGUCUAUGGCCGAUGACAUCGAUGAUGAUGACAUGGAACACGCAGGUCACGGGACCGGGGCAGGCACAUCUGCCGCCCAGGAACCAACGACCGGGGAUGCGGAAGCAAGUGCGGAAGGAGCAGGCACAUCUGCCGCUCCAGACAUGCACGACGCGACCAAGUCUCCAUCCAACCCUGAGGAGGAGUUCCAGAUCUCUCAAGACAAGGGAGCAGUCAUCGAGGCCAUCGACGCGCUCUUCGCGUUGGCUGAUAACAAUGUUUGUUUGAAGUGCGGUGAGAACGGACAUCCCAACUAUGAAUGUCCGACAAAAGGUGACGAUCAAGUCAAGAUUGCAUUGAUCAACCUGAGGAAGAAACUCCAAGGCGAUGAAGUUGAAGAUAAAGGAAUGUCCAAAGAAGAUGAAGACAGAGAACAGGAACGUUUCCGACAAGAAGGUUACAAGGCCACAAGGGAAGGAGAAUACAUGUAUCUUCAAUCCAUCCCAUUAUCGGUGAUCGGUGAUCGAGCACAUGGUGAGAAGAGCAUCAACGGUGUUAAAGUCGUUGAGAAAGGGCCUAUGACGAAGAAUGCAUUGAACCACGUCGUCGAUACGGCCAGCCAGAAAGGCGUCACUCUCACCUGCAAGGAGAUGAAAUCGGCCCUAUUGUACUCUGACCACAAGAUGUACAAGAAGCUCAAAGUUGGGACCGACAUCGGAAAGCUGAAGAUCCUACCGGUCAACGGCGGCAAGUUUUAUUCCAGCAGCUACGCCGGAAGUGGGAUCGAAUUUCCCAUGCCGACCGAAACCCAUGCAAACCGGGUUUACUUGGAAAAAUGGGAGAAUGAUUACAGCUACUACCUCAACAAGGCCUUGCAACACCACAUCGGACGAAAAGAUGUGUGGGAGAAGACCUACGGUGGAAAGAAGACGAUGUUCUCUGGACUCAAGUGUGAUGAAGCCGGAUGGGUAGACAUCAUGGACUUUCUGCACCACCCAUGGAUCUUCGACCACGAGAACGUUCGUCCUGAGGAUGACGGACUCAUUGACGUUGGCUUCCGAGAAGAACGCGUCAAUACGAUGAUCAAGGCAGUUGGGUCAGAGCUCCAGGAAAAGAACAAGAUCCGCAUCCAGUUCCUUGCUUUGGACUCCACAUUCGACAAGCCCGAUGAAUACCUCAGGAAUGUGAACGGCAUCAUCAAAGUGAUUGCAGCAUGGUAUCAGGCCAACAACUAUGACUGGGAACGACUACUUGUUGAUUCUGGGAAGUUCCAAUUGGUGAGAUCUUGUCAGGAGCCAGAGGAGAUUGCCACGGCGAACACAGUUUUGCGUGUCUCCAAAGCUAUGCUGAGUGAGAUCGACAUCGAGGACGACAUUCCGUUCUAUGACGAGUUUGUCAAGAAGAGUGGCGAUGAAGAUGUCGAGAUGAAUAAAGAUGAUCAAGAUGAAAUCGACCGAUUGGUUAGGGAGUCCAAGAAGGCGACCGGAGAGGAAUCAGAGGACGAUGUGGAGAUGUUAGAUGCAAGACCGAGCAGGACGACUCAGGCAUCCAUCAUCCACUGCAUCGAUAUGGCCCAGAAUGAGGACGCAAUCGAUAGCACGGCAAGAGCGGUGGAUGGCAUGAUCCUCACGUACUUGAAAGAUCGGUACAAGCUCUUUCAUGUCUGGACCUCGAUGGCUUCAGCGCAGGGGGUCAAGGGCAUCAAGGUUCUUUGUAAGAUCAUGAAGUACCUCGUCCAGACUGGAGUAACACCUCAACUCAUCUAUUCCAAGGUCGCAGAUGUUACAGAUGAUGAAGAUGAGGAACGUCAACUGGCAACACGACGAGAGGCAUCAGAUUUCAUCCGCAAGAUCAUUUCUGGAACAUUCGCUGUUCGAUCCUAUGAUUACUUUAGGGUCAACCCACCACGGCGAGAUGACCACAUCCACAUUGACCCCGUGGAACUGGUAUGCGCAGUGACGGAGAGGGCACGUACAUUCACAGUUCUCAUGAGCGGUAAUUCGUUUGAGCGGCAUCGGAUCCUGUGUUUUCCGUUGCCUUGGCUCAAGACGCGUCUCCCGUAUGCGAAGAAAUGGCGCGCUGCUGCCGACGUUGACAUUAAGGGUAAGAACGUGGCAACGAUCAUAGAAGGUGCUGAACUCAACCUGAUGCGUAGCUGUUUUUUCUUCAAGGGACCUGUGGCCAAACUAUGCCCGCCAGAUAGGGCUGCAAAGCGAGGAGAAAAACCAGAAGAACGAGAAAUCCGCCCUCUGAAAAAUGCGCCUGAGGAACCUGGAGCCACUAAGGAGACUAAGGUUGCAGUUGCUGCUGAAGGUAUUUUGCCUUCACCGCAGUCAGCGCCGUCUCAAAGAACUUCGAAAGGUGCAGCCAGUGACCUGAAGACUCCAGAAAAGAAAGAUGAAGAAGGACAGCAUGGGGUUGGGAGUGUGGAAAAAAGCGUAGCACCUCAGUCAGACCCGAAGAUGUCUGAACCUCCGCACAUGUCCACGCCCAUGACUCCUUUGUUUGAUGAAAAUCAACUUAGAAGGUUUCAAGAGCUGUAUGCACAAGCACCAUGGCUAUUUCCACAACAUGUCCCUCAAGCCCCCUUGUCUCUGAUGCGACCUGGGCAGUUCUUGCCUCCGGUCCAACGACCUCUUUUCCUUGAACAAGAUGAACGAAGAAUGCAUGAGGAGGGCCGGGUUGGGUCCAGCGGCUUUCAUGGACAUGGACAUGAUAGAAGCAUGGAUGUAGAUAGAGAAAAUCGAGAAUUGAGAAGGAAUUGGGAAGAAGUUUUGAGGGAGAAUCAGCUCCUGAGGGAAAGGGUUGAUGCGUUGGAGUUUCAAAAGUUGGAUGAAGAUCAGCGGUUUGCAACUCCAAAUGGCUCUGGUGGCCAGCUUGAAAGACCCCCCAAAAAGGAGGCCGAUAGAUCCCCAAAAAGCCCAAAGGAGGCCGAGACCACCAAGGAGGCUUUCAACUUUCACCGGCCGGCUGUCGGUGUGACCACCGGUUCAGGUGAGAAGGCUGAAAGACCUCCUGGAAGUGGCCCUGACCUUAAAAACCCAAAGGAGGCCGAGACGGCCGAGACCACCAAGGAGGCUGAAAGACCCCCUGGAAGUGGUUCCACCUUUCAAAGUGCGAAGGAGGCCAAGACCAGCUGA